GAUUUCGUGUCUGCAGAUUUCCAGAUUGUGACAAACAACCUUGUGAAAACGGCUGGUGUGAAGAGACUAAGAAAGGGUACAGAUGUCACUGCCCGACGGGAUUUCAAGGAAGGCACUGUAAUGAAGAAUCUGUUCAUGGUUCGAAUAAUACAGAGACACUUCAGUCGGAAUUAUUGACUGGUGGUAGGCCCAAGCAAGAAUCAAGAGGUAUGGUCUUCGUGACAGAUCCAAAAGCGGAGAAAAUCUUUGUUGCAGAGCUACAGGAUGAAUUACUGUUCACUCCCAUCGCAUCUACAUUGCGACCACGUGGAAUAACGUACGAUCCGUUAUCAAAGAAGAUCUACUGGACCGAAGGGCAAGUGAGACGUAUUGUUAGAGCAGACAUUAAUGGUUCCAACAUCGAGAUUGUCACGAAGUUUUCUCCUGGUCAAUACCGACUCGGACUGGACGACAUUGUCGUUGCAGUAAAGUCCAGAACCCUGUACGUUGCUUGUCGACGGGUGAAUAGAAUAUCAUCAGUAUUGAUCGCAGAGGGCGGUCCUUUACCAUGGAAUCAAACAAAUUUCUUAACGGAAGGAAUCGUCUGGCCCAGGGCUUUGGCUGUGGACGAAGAGCAGGGGUACUUAUACUGGUCGAUGGAAAAUACAAUAGCACGGACAUUUCUCAAUGGAUCAGGACAGGUUGAAGUGAUCUAUAUGAAUAACGAGCUGCAGAAUUUCACUGGGCUAACGAUUGACCUCAGAAGACAGGUACGCCGGAUUUUCUUCUACGACUCCACCAAAAAGAGAAUCUGGUAUAAAGAUGCUAUCCGAUCUACGACUUCAAAUGACCUAUCAUCUGCCUCGGAAUACCUUUCUGAUGAGAAUAGGAUGAUUGUUAAGAGAGUUAGGCACAUUUCUUUCUUUAAUAAUGUGUUAUUCUGGCUGCAUGGGGACGAAUCGACUGGUAUUGGUUUGAUGACCGAGUAUGAUCAAGAUAAUCAAUCCUAUAUCCGUCAAGAUAUAGAUAUCUUUGAAAACCCAUAUCGAAUGCAUAUUGCCUACACAGGAGAUUGACUUUUAAAACAUUUUUCAUAAUUUCGAAGAUGAAUCUUUUUAGCCAUAAGGAGCAUAUACUUUCUGUGAAAAAGUAUUUUCUUUGGGAAAUUUUCCUUAAAUUUUCAAAAUGACACCAUCAGUUCCCCCUUACACAUUCGAUUUACUGUAUCAAGGUAUCAAUAUUUCAAAUAACAAGUACAUGUAAAGACUUUAUUCAAGUAAAUCUUUGUUAUUUAAAUGAUAGUCUAUCGGUUUUAGAAAUUGUACUAAUUACCUAAAAAUGAUUGAUGUUGAAUGUACUUAUCGCUUUUAAGUUUAGUAAGUAAAAUAAUAUCUAAAACAUCUGUCAAAAGAAAUGUUCGAAAUGACGUGCGCAAUUCCAUCUUCACAGCUCCUGUGGGUUCAGGGCAAUAUCACCCAGUUCAUUCAUUUCCAGAAUAAGAUAGGAAUAUAUGGAGAGUACACUUGAUAUAUACUGACAUGGGUUUUAGACAAGGAUCUAUUGUGUGGCCAGACCCACUCCUGGUGUAUGUUUCUAAACCAUUGGAACUCUCAAGUAACGAUAUAAGCGGGCGAAAUCAUAAACUAGCAAAAUGACACACAUCAAUAUCUAUAAAGCUCUAGGAAUGUAAUUGAUCAGAGUAGUGAGAAAAUGUGUCUUGAUACCUAUUAUAAAGUGCUGAGAGCU